AUUUGUCAAAAUUCUUUCUAAACAUCAUUAAUUUUGUAUUUAAAAAAAUUAUAUUUAAAAUCUUAAGUUCAUAAUAUAUACAAACAUGGAAAUUGAAGCAAAAUUAGAUGAAGACUUUCUCUUUUACGCCAACUUUAUCAGUACGUUCCUAAAACGUAUAGCAGAUCAAGAUGUUUUCCGCAUGAGCAAAAACUGGGUUCAAAAGCUUUGUACCGAACCUUACGAAGGAAUUAAACAAAAGAGAUGCAGAAACAUAUACUUGGCAAAUCUAUUGGUGAACAUGCACAAUGGAAAGUUAGAGGAACCUUUCUGUCAGCCACCCUUUUACGUUGAUAUAGCUGAUGCAAUGGAAACUUUUGCGGAAAUCCCAGAGACGGUUGAAAAACCAGAAUGGCUAAACGAUACUGAUUUUGAAUUGAACGCUACUAACGCUCAAAGGGACAAGGCAAGGACGUAUUUUGCAACAAAAACAUUGCCCAAUGGACAAGGGGCAUUUGCCUACAUCGGCAUAAGUUUGACAGGUGACGAUUGGAUUGGGCCAUCCGUUGGAGCAGGAGACGUUUCUUUGCAGCGACAGGAAGCUUUAGAGCGCCAGUUUGCCCGAAAGUACCAAGAAGAAGUACCGCAAUACGAGCUGGAAAAAAUUUUAGCCAAAAGAAAAGACCCAAAAGAGCGCGAACGGGUUCUAACUUUCUACGACGUUCUUUUACAGAACGUCGCAGACGAAUUAGACGGUAAAGCUCCCGAAUUUAACGAGACAGUCGAAGGACUUUUGGAACAACUAAUCGAGGACCUUGAAUAUAAAGGCCAGUACGCAACCUAUGAAGAUUUAGAUGAUUACGAAAGGCGAAUGGAACUGUUAAUCGUUCUUUACGAUCGCAUCAAGGCCCGACGCGAUAAGGUUGCCACACGCGAAGAAAUUCUCGACAACAUCGAAGACAAAAUUAUGCCUCAUUUAUUCGAAGCCUCCGAAGUUGAACCGGAUGACGAGUAUCAACUGCCGGCAGCCAUGUGGCAGCAAGCUAUCGACAAAAUGCCAAGCAGAAAGCAGUUAGUGCUCUUAAAAGAACGAUAUCCAAUUCCGGUAGUUGAAAAGUUUAUCAUUUAUUUAGCAGCGUACAAAGAAACGAUUGCCGAACGGAUGCACAAAAGACACGAACGUAUCGCUACGCAAAUGAAGAAAGAGCUCAGGAAAGAGAGCACGAAGAAGAAGAAAGAAGCAGAAAAAAUGGAGGUGGUUGCUCUAGAAACUGAGGUUAUAUACGGGGCUGUUAAGACGCACUGGGAGAAGAAAAUGGAAGUUGAAGAAUCGAACAGAAAUCAGUUUAACCUUCCUCUAAGCGACCACUCUAAACUUUACGAAGAACUUAGAGUGGCCGCGCUCGAUACACAGAAACUGGUGGAAGAAGAGGCGGCUAGGGGCAAGUUCCUAGCUGAACAAAUCAACGCUGUCACGGAAGAGAAUAUUAUGAUUAAGGAAGUGAACGACGAGUCCAUUAAGAAAAUUGAAGAGGCCAACUCGAAAAUACUAAGAAAUAUUAAGAGAAUGAAGCGGGCAAUUAAGAAAUACGAAGAACAUGUACAUACUAUGCGCGCAUCGGCUGAACAGUCCAAAAAAGCGAUCAUGUGUACAGACGACGAUGAUGAUUGAGGAUGAAAUUAUGUACCUUUAAUUUAUGUCUAUUCAUAUGCAAACAAAUAUUAUUAAAGCAACAAAAGAUGCCGUUUUGAAUUUUUUAA